CGGAGAAAUAAUUUUACAAAUUCAAAAACAAUAACCGACAAUUUCAUUCCAAUAAUCUAAAAGUCGAAUGAUUACAAUUUCUAACCAAAGUGAAAUAAAUGAGUCGAUUCAUUGUUCAUCCUAUUUUCUUUCUAAAACAUAAUAUCAAUUGUAUAUCUAGAAGCUUUCGUACGACAUUUAAAACAAUGACUAUAUCUAUAGGUGAUAGGCUACCUGAAGUUGAUUUAUAUGAAGAUACCCCAGCCAAUAAAAUCAACUUGGCUAAAGCUUCAAUUGGGAAAAAAUUGAUCAUUUUUGGUGUGCCAGGUGCAUUUACUCCAGGAUGUUCAAAAACGCAUCUGCCAGGUUAUAUUAAAAAAGCGGAAGAAUUUAAAUCAAAUGGCUAUAAUGAAAUUUUCUGUGUCGCUGUGAAUGACCCAUUUGUGAUGUCUGCAUGGGGAAAACAAACCAAUGUUGAUGGAAAGGUUCGGAUGCUAGCCGAUCCCGCUUGUAAAUUUACAGAUGCAUUAGAACUUUCUGUUAAUUUGGAUGUUCUGGGAGGAAAGCGUAGUAAACGUUACUCUAUGGUCGUUGAAGAUGGUAAAGUAAUUGAUUUAAAUGUUGAACCCGAUAAUACUGGUCUAAGUUGUUCAUUAGCUGACAAUAUCAAAUAGAAAAUAAGAUACAAUUAUAAAUUAUUCAAUAACGGAUUAUAUAUUUAAUAAUAUAA